AUGAAUAUUGGGAACGAGUAUGCAGUAUUUGAGACUGGAACUCGAAAUACUGGUACUUCUUUAGCUGGAAAAGACGCUGCUAAUCCAACUGCUUUUAUUAGAGCGCUGCUGACAUGCCCGACAAGUGACGUCGUGAAGUCUGUAUUGGAAUUCAUCGCAGAGGAAAUGGAAGAGCACAAAUGGCGAGCCAGAUAA